AUGACGGGACCUCAGAAUUCUGCCCAUGGGGACAGACAGAGGCACCCCACCACCAUCCUGCUCUGCAAGUCACAGAGCAGCCAGGCCGCCCUGAUGCCCAAGGAGCACAGGACGUUCAUCGAGGAAGCCUACAACGCAGCCAUCUGCUUCAAGCUGCUCCGGGACCUCAGUGGUUCAGACUCCCUCCACCUGAGGUACAUCAUCAAGAAAAUCAAGAGCAUGGCGUCCGGGGCCCCCAACCUGGUGCUAGAAACCAUCCACGACUACUUUGUAAACAGCCAGCAGAUCUCCACCCGGCACAAGUUCCGGCUCUUCCACGUCCUAGGGGCAGUCAUUGGAGCCAGUGAGUCCCUGGAGGAGGCCUGGGAGAAGUCCUUCAUGCAGCUGGCCCUGGAGAACAUGACCAAGUCCACGGAGCUGGAGGAGGCCUACCAGGACGCGGCCAGCAACGUGCUGGUGGCCAUCUGCAGGCACUCGUGGCAGGUGGUGGCCCAGCACCUGGAGACCGAGGUCCUGUCGGGCGUCUUCCCGCACCGCAGUCUCUUCUACGUGAUGGGCGUCAUGACCUCUGACGAGAAUCUCUUCAAGGAGAGAGAGAAGGCUGGCUGGGAAGAGCAGUUGGCCAAGAUGGCCAUCAAGUCGGUGCCGUUUCUGAACACGGAAGGGUGGUCCAAGGAGCUUCUGGGGGCACUCACCAGGCCCAACCGGACGCAGCAGGAGCAGCCCCCGGAGAAGGCCUUCCUGUUCAUCUACUAUGGGCUGAUGCUUCAAGCCGAAGAGAACGGCACCAACGUCAGGACACACCUGAAAACCCUGCUGGAAACGUCCCACCAGUGGCCCAAGCAGAGGGAGGGCAUCGCGCUCACUGUGGGGCUGGCCGCCGCCCGCCACCUGGACCACGUCUGGGCUGUCCUGGAGCAGUUUGGCCGGAGCACACCCAUCAAGUGGAGCCUGAACAGCUUCUCCCCCAAGAACUCGGGGGACCUGCAGUGGAAGUGGGCGAGCAGCACCAUCCUCCUCGCCUACGGCCAGAUGGCGGACAAGGCCAAGGCCCAGAUCCUUCCAUGGGUGGACAACAUCCUGUCCCGGAUGGUCUUCUUCUUCCACUACAGCUCCUGGGACGAGACCCUGAAGCAGAGCUUCCUCACGGCCAUACUCAUGCUGGUGGGGGCCAUCAGCCGCAACGAGGGUGCCCAAAGCUACGAGUUCUUGCAGGUGUCCGAGCUCCUCGAGUGUCUGAUGCUUCUGAUGGAGAAGGAGCCCCAGGACACGCUGUGCACCCCGACUCGCCAGCAGACCAUUCACAUCAUCUCCAGUCUCUGUAAGCUGAGGCCACCGCUGGACUUGGAGAAGAAAUCUCGGCUUCUGUCCAUCAGCCUCCGCAGCGUGAUGUCCCUGCCGCUGCUGGAGGUCCUGGAGAAACACACCUGCCUCUUUCUGGAGCCACCCAACAUACAGGUGCAACCAGGAGCCAGGCGCCGGGCUGGGGCUUCCUCUGACGGCCGGCGCCCCAGGGCUCUCCUCCAGUGUCCCCGCCCCGCACAGACACUCUACAAGGAGACCGUGGGGGCCCUGGAGCAGAUGCUGCAAACCUUCAUCAUGCAGAACCCCACAGCCGAGGAGCUGCACUUCCUGCUGUCGCACCUGUAUGUCUGGCUGGAGUCGGAGAAGGCCCACGAGCGGCAGCGGGCUGUCCACAGCUGCAUGGCCCUCCUCAAAUUCCUGAGCCAUAACCUCUACCUGGACCCCAAAGAGGACUUCAAACGAAUAGGGCAGCUGGUGGGCAUGCUGGGGAUUCUGUGCCAGGACCCGGACAAGACUACCCAGUGUUCCAGCCUGGAAGGGGUGGACCAUCUCUACAAGCUCCUCAUGCACCAGAGAGGAGGAGAAGCUUCACAGGAGCAAGCACCGGCCCCCCAGGAGUCUCCCCAGGCCAGCAAGGAAGGAGCCCUGCUCUGGAGCGGCGGGGACCAGGAGGCUGCUCCGCCCAGCCCCCAGGAGGUGGCACUCUUGAAGGACCACCAGCCCAGCAGCUCCCAAGUCAUCAAGGAGGUCAUGAAGCAUCUCACGAUGGCAGAGCUGACCGACCUCAUCUGGACGGCCGUCGAUGGCCUGGGCUCCACCAGCCCCUUCCGCGUGCAGGCGGCCGCCGACAUGCUGCUCACUGCCAUCCAGGAGCACGGGGCCAAGCUGGAGACUGUUGCCAGCUUGGGCCGGGCCAUCCACCUGCAGCUCUGCUCCAUCCGCAUCCCCCAAGCCAAGGAAAAUGCCCUGCAGGCCAUCACCCUGCUGGCCCGGAACCACACCUCCGAGCUGGUGGCCGCCUUCCUGGACUUCUCCAUUCCGCUGGACAGCCACGCCUUCCGGUUGUGGAGGGCCCUGGGUGCCGAGCAACCCGUGAGCCACCUGGUGCUGGCCAUGCUGCUGGGCUGGCUGCAGAAGCGGCCCCUGCCCACGAGGACCAGCGGCGGCAGCCCCCAGCCCAAGAAGGCCUACCUGCGCUCCCUGGCCGCCAUGAACACACUUCACGAGCUGCAGUUCGCCCGCGAGUUCAAGCAGGCCAUGCAGGAGGCCUUUCCCGAGCUGCUCCUGGCCCUCCUAUCCCAGACGCACUACCUCCUGGAGCUGAACCUGCCCGAGGAGCCCCAGCCCGGCAAGGCGGCCCAGGAGACAGCCCUGUUCGGCCCCCAGAGCUGCAGCACGUCGCUGGAGGCGCUGAAGAGCCUGCUGUCCACCACCAGGCACUGGCAGGACUUUGCCCACAUGGAGCUGCAGGGCGCCUGGGACCUCUUUGCCACCAUCCACACCUACCCACAGGGCGUGUGCCUCCUCGCCAGGGCCAUGGUACAGAACCACUGCAGGCAGGUCAAGGCGCUGACCUUCCAGCUGCUGCCCAACCUGCAGAGCCGGGAGGAGCAGGAGAGGAAGGCGGCCAUCAUCAUCUUCACAGAGUUCCUCUACAGCCCCACCCUGCUGGAGGUGCUCCCCAAAGAGGCCGCCCUGUCCGUGCUGGUGCGAAGCCUCAGGGACCCCAGCCCCGAGAUACGCGUGCUGAGCCUACAGGGCCUAGGAAACAUUCUUUUCCACCCAGAGAAGGGAAGCCUGCUCCGCGGACAGCUGCCACCCUUCCUCAAGGGCUUCUUCCAGAGCAGCGGGCAGGUGCUGGUGAGCAUCAUGGGCACCGUGUCGGACGUGCUGCACCGCCUGGGUGCACACAGCACGGAGGCCCAGGGCCUCAGCAUUGCCAUCAACGCCCGCUCCUUCUUCGAUGACGAGCGGGACGAGGUCCGGGCAGCGGCCAUGGCACUGUUCGGGGACCUGGUGGCGUCGGUGGCAGGCCAGCAGCUGGGCGGCCUGCGAACCCAGGUGCAGCAGACCAUGGUGCCCCUGCUCCUGCACCUGAAGGACCACUGCCCCACCGUCGUCACGCAGGCCAAGUUUGCCUUCUACCGCUGCUCCGUGCUGCUCCACUGGCGGCCGCAGCACACCCUCUUCUGUACGCUGGCCUGGGAGAAAGGCCUCAGCGCCCGCCACUUCCUCUGGAGCUGCCUGAUGAGCCACAGCCGGGAGGACUUCGGCAUCCACUUGGUGCAGGCCCUCAGCUACCUGCACAGCCGCCACCACCACAUCAAGACCUGGGCAGCACUCUUCAUAGGUUAUACCAUCUGCUACCACCCCCGGGCUGUGUCCCAGAUGGUCAGUGACGUGGACACAAAGCUGCUGUUCUGCACUUUUGAGGAUCUCAAAAAGAGCCCUGAACCCAGCAUCCGAGACUUCGCCAGCAGGCAGGCCUCCUUCCUUCAGAAGGUGGCAGCCAGACCACGGUGA